GUUUACGGAACACUGUUCGAGUGGACUUACUGCCCUACAUGUUUAGAGUUAAUUCAAUUAAUAACAUGUGUAGUUGGUGAACAUAGAGGCCGGGUGUCAUAUAUAUAACACAUGGAGGAGGAGUUAUAAAGCGUUAUAACGGAAGCUUUCAUCAGCCGCGGGUUCUGGUCCGAUGACAGAUCCUUCCCACGGUAACACAACGGACAUGGCCGCGUCCACCGGAGGAUCAUCCACCGCGGGCAUCCAGGGGUUCCCCAUCAUAACCGGCAGACCCCCGGAGGACAGCCCCGGUAAGGACCCGGAGCAGACCGGAGAACCGAAGAAAAAGCCGUGCAGGGCUUGUACCGACUUCAAGUCAUGGAUGAAGGUCCAGAAAACGCCACAGAUCCCAGCAGUAGCGCCACAGGCGGCCCAGGCUGAGCACGUGGAGCCCCAGCGGCAGCCGGAGUGUCCGCUGGACAGGGAAGAAUUAGGGCGUAACACCUGGUCCUUCCUGCACACCAUGGCAGCUUACUACCCAGACCGGCCCUCCCCCAGACAGCAGACAGACAUGGGACAGUUCAUCAACCUCUUCUCUAAGGUCUUCCCCUGCGAGGAGUGUGCUGAGGACCUGCGGACAAGGUCAGGGGUUAGGUGUAUGAGGCUGAAGACCAAUCAGCCCGACGCCAGUAGUCGCCACGCCCUCUCCCAGUGGCUGUGUGGCGUCCAUAACGACGUCAACGCUCGGCUGGGGAAGCAGCAGUUUGACUGUUCCCGCGUGGAUGAGAGGUGGAGGGACGGUUGGAAAGAUGGCAGCUGUGACUGAUCAAUCCGUUGAUCCGUUACCUGGGAACUAAGAGAUACAGAAACACAUCUAUUGACAUCCUGUUUCCUGUAUGGUACCGUUUAGGGAACCGUAUGGCAUCUGAGACAGAGACUAUGUUCUGUGUUCUGAUUGGCUACGGAUCUCUCUGCUCUGCCCAGAUCUACAUGAUGGCUCACUAUCAAUCUGUUGUCCAGUGUCUUCAGAAAGUAUUCAGACCCCUGGACUUAUUCUCCAUUUUGUUGUGUUACUGCCUGAAUUCAACAUGGAGAAUAUCGUUGUUUUUCCUUCAUCACCCAUCUACACAUAAUACCCCAUACUGACAUCACAAUACCCCAUAAUGACAUCACAAUACCCCAUAAUGACAUCACAAUACCCCAUAAUGACAUCACAAUACCCCAUACUGACAUCACAAUACCCCAUAAUGACAUCACAAUACCCCAUAAUGACAUCACAAUACCCCAUAAUAACAUCACAAUACCCCAUACUGACAUCACAAUACCCCAUAAUGACAUCACAAUACCCCAUAAUAACAUCACAAUACCCCAUAAUGACAUCACAAUACCCCAUAAUGACAUCACAAUACCCCAUAAUGACAUCACAGUACCCCAUAAUGACAUCACAAUACCCCAUAAUGACAUCACAAUACCCCAUAAUGACAUCACAAUACUCCAUAAUGACAUCACAAUACUCCAUAAUGACAUCACAAUACCCCAUACUGACAUCACAAUACCCCAUAAUGACAUCAUAAUACCCCAUACUGACAUCACAAUACCCCAUAAUGACAUCACAAUACCCCAUACUGACAUCACAAUACCCCAUAAUGACAUCAUAAUACCCCAUAAUGACAUCACAAUACCCCAUACUGACAUCACAAUACCCCAUAAUGACAUCACAAUACCCCAUAAUGACAUCACAAUACCCCAUAAUGACAUCAUAAUACCCCAUACUGACAUCACAAUACCCCAUAAUGACAUCACAAUACCCCAUACUGACAUCACAAUACCCCAUAAUGACAUCACAAUACCCCAUACUGACAUCACAAUACCCCAUAAUGACAUCACAAUACUCCAUAAUGACAUCACAAUACCACAUAAUGACAAAAGUGAAAACAGGUUUUUAGAAAUGUUAUCAAAUGUAUUGAAAAUAAAAUACAGAAAUAUCAUAAGUA